ACCGCCCCAAACGGCUGGGAAAUGAAGCAACCUUACCUCAUACAUCAUAUAUUCAGCUUAUCGAGCUGCGCAUAUUUCUACCCAGCAUUACCAAUGAUCCUACUAUGUAGAGGACGAAUACCAAUAUGCCCGACUGGCGAAGCGAUUAUCUUACCUCUCUGCAGGAAGCAGAACGAAACAAUCCCGUGAACAAGGAUCUAGUGGAUGCCUGUUCUCAACUGUCCGAUCGUAUAGCCGCCCUCGAGGCCGAGAAAGCUGUAUGGCAAACCUCAUCGACGAACCCGCUGUCAUCACUAGAAAAAUCACCUGCGGGCAAAGCCCCCGCUGCGACGACUGAAACAAUUAAUACCUCCGAUCCGAGCGUCGCACAACUAAAGCUAGACUUGGCGGAGGCCUUACGGUCUAGAACCCAGUUACAAAGUAGACUCAAGACCGCCGAAGAUGAAUUACAGAAAUUGCGAUCGAAGACAAAGGUCGAUACUAAGCGAAUUAGUGACCUAACUGCCGAACGGAAUACUUUGUGGUCUCGAUUAAAAGAUCGAAAUGAAGAAUUAGUUGGGAAGAAUAAGAUGCUGAAGGAUAUACAAGAUGAAAACCUAACUCUCAACAUCCAACUCGACGUUACCGAACAAAAAGCAGCAAAACUUACGGCCGAUAACGAACAAUUAGUGAAGAGAUGGAUGGAUCGGAUGAGAGACGAAGCAGAUGCUAUGAACUUGCAGAAUGAAUCACCAAGUCAUAAGAAUCGGAGGUGACAAUUACUUAGCAUGGCGCACAAAAUCACGACGAAAUAUAUUGAAUCGCCGUACUCUAUCGAUGAACUUACAGACCCCAGAACCUGUAUAGUCGCCUUUGAAUAGCAAAACCCUUACUUCCUGAUUGAGAUGUAAUAGUC